AUGUUAAUUGAGUUAAAUGAAAAUGAAACUGAUAAUAUGUCUUUUGAGUUAAUGAAAAGAGAAAUAGCUAAUAAUUUGUCUGUCGAACGAACGAACUUUGAUCCAAAUGACUCUACUUUAAAAACAUCUGAAAUGGCAAGAGAAUGUCGUAAUUGUCUAGCUAGAGAAAGUUAUACUAGAAAAAUGGUCCAUGAAAUCAACUAUCCAGUAAUUGAGAAUUCUGAAAGUGUGCGUGAACAAAGUGCAAAAAACCAAAGGGCAAAGCGUCUAAAAGUAAACCACCAUGCUUCAAAUACGGCCCGUAUGGAACAAUAUAAUAGUACUACUGUUAAUGUGCAUUAUUUGGAAGAUGAAAUCGAGAAUCGUGCAUUAUGUUUACUAAAUGACAUACUAACACAACAGGGAAAAUCUUUAAAAGAUUUUCCUAAUAUGCCAAUUCCUAUUGUGGUUAAUGAAAUAGAAAAUUUUUUAAUAGCCGAAGAGUUAGACUAUAAUCAAGAAAUACUUACUGAAUUUGUUGAUCAAAAUGAAAUCCUUUUGAAUAGUGCAAAAUUAGAAAAUAUUGCUUGA